GUGCGCCAACGCGCUGCCUGGCGGCAGAUUCAAACCGAAGGCCGGCCCUGGGGUCCGGAAGGAAAGUCGUUGUGUUCUCCCGGGUGAGGUCGUCCCCGCAGUCCCUCGGCCGCUGAGCCGUCCGUCCGCCGCGGGAGGCCGGACUGCGGCGAGCGAGCGCGACCAGCCGCGGAGAUGGCGCUCUCCACCACCGUCUCGCAGCGGAUCAAGCGCAAGGCGCCCCGCGCCUUCCUCAGGCGCACCUUCAAGCAGAAGAAGCCGCACCUUCGCCUGGAGACCGGCUGCGACCUCCUGAUCCAUUUGAACUUCUUACUCUUUGUGCAUCGACUGGCAGAAGAGUCCAGGACGAAUGCCUGUGAGAGUAAAUCUAAAGUUAUCCAAAAGGACCAUGUGCUGGCUGCAGCAAAGCUAAUUCUGAAGAAGAGCAGAGGUUAGAAGUCAACGCAUGUUCAAGAAUUAUAUGAUGCGUUAAUUUAAGUGGUAACAGAUCAUUGAGACAUUUUUGUAUGUGUCAAUUUAUAUGGUGGAUUAUUAAAACACUGACUAUAAUAGCAAUGCGUGAAUUUUACUUUUAGGAAUUAUAUUUUUUUUUUUCAUUUUAAGUGACUUCUCGAUUUUUUUCUUUGUCUGAUAUUGUGCUUAGUAUAUCAAAAGUGAAAUCAUACUGUACUGAUAACUUCAAGAGAUAUACUCCUUAGACUUAAGAUUAUGUCUUUGGAUUUAGCCAGAAUUACGCAGUCAAUUUAAUUUCUGAGAGAAAACAGUAUACAUUAGAAUAUAGAUACGUUUUAAAUAUGUUUAUUUUUGAUAUAUUCACAAAGCAUUUCUGUCUAAUUUUGUUUUUCACUAAUAGUAACAGUAAAAUUUCUCAGCUAGAAGAUUGUAAGCAUUAGCCAAGGUUUUUACAAACAUGUUUCCCUAUAUAAACCAUGAACAAGAAGUUCUGGAACAGCUGACCUACUUUCUUCAAAUCAUGGGCUUUAGUAGAUAAGACAUUCCCACAGCAGUUAUUUGGAAGCUUAUUGUAUAUUAUACAAUAUUUACUUCUAAAUUUUGUUCUGAGAUAAUUACAAAUUGUGUAUAAAGUUGCAAAGCUAAUAUAAACAUAUAGUCUACACUAGACACCCAGUUUCUGCAGUGGUUACAUCUAACAUAUAGUGUAAUAUAGCAAAAACAGGAUUUGGUAAUUGGUAUCUAUGUAGCUCUCUGCUGUUGUAUCAUGCGUGCAGAUUCAUGGACUUGCUACAAGCAGUGUAUAGCACUACCCCAGUACCACAGAGGUCUUCGUGGUCCAGUUACCGUGUUCUCUACCGGACCACCACCCAUAACCAACUGUUCUCAGCUCUAUAGUUUUGUCACUGAGAAUAUUAUGUAAAUAGAAGCAUGUAAGAAAUAAGCUUGGGAGAUUUUUUUUUUUUCACUCAGUAUAAUAUCCUUACGAUCUGUUCAAGUUGUUAUGUUUACUGCUGAAUGGUUUGUAUGUACCAUACUUUGUAUAACUGUUUGCUUAUUGAAGAACAUUUUAAUUUGUCUGAUUUGGGGAUUAUUAUAAAUAAAAUUU